UAGGCGGUGCGAGUUUCAGGCGGAGGGCGCCGAGCCGCAGGUGUGCCGCGUUAAAGAGCGAGGGCGAGUUCUCCGGCCGCCGCUCUCCCGGCCCCAGCCAUGCUGCCCGCCGCUGUCCGAAGGUGGCUGCACAGACCCAAGCGUUCUGAUCCAAGACUGCUGUCACAGUUUUUCUAUGCUGAUGAACGAGUGACUCAAGUGGUAACAGAAAUCAACUGCCUGGAUGUAGAGACUGAUCCUCAACAGUAUCUGACACUGUUAAACCAGUUGCAUCUUAGUCAGGCUGAAUUACUGGCUAUCAUAGAACAGAUCAUGGAGGAAUGUAUCCCCAAGGAACGUCAUGGUCGUGACUAUGUCAUCAAAUUCCCUGAAGACCUUCUAGUGGACAACUUACGGAACCAUAUGUUGUUUGCUGCUGAGUGUCUUAUGGCACGCACCUACAUUGAUGUGGAGGAGGCAGAUGGAGUACGGCUGCGUCCUCUGGCCAAAGAUUUGCUAUGCAGUUUAGAGGUGGUGCGGAUGGUACUCCGAGAGCAAAGCUUAAACCAACCUGGACCUUAUUCAGAGACUAUCCGGAGAGCAUUAAUCCGCUUUGAUGUGCUUUUUGCUGAGUUUGAACUGAGCUAUGUGUCAUCUUUAGUUUCUGUUAAAUCCCCUGAAGAGAUCUAUAGGCAGCAGGAGAUCGUUGUACUCUUCUGUGAAACCGUGGCUAGAGCUUUGAAACUUGGCUAUUUGACUCAGGAGAUGAUUGAUGGAUAUGAACCCCAGCUGAUGUUCACCAUUCCACGCCUAGCUAUUAUUAGUGGCCUUCUGAUCUAUCCAGAUGGACCCCUCAAUUUGGAAAGGAGACCAGAGGAGAUUUCUCGAGUCUUCAGCCCUUUUUAUGUCUUGCUUAGAAAAAUCAGGGAUUUGCUGCGUGUGCUUUCCAAGGAGGAGUUAUACAAGCUGGAGAAACGUGUGCUGAAUGAAUGCACUGCAGAUUCACAGCCCUGCAGGAAUAGGGAGUGUGCCUGCCCAUCUGUACCAAGGCCUUUUGUGCAGGCAUCUGAUAGUGCUCAGAGAGGAAUGUUCACAGAUAUUCCACUGAACUCUCGAUGGUUGGAAUUACGAGGCCGUUACCGCAAUAUAGAGGACAUGAUUCACACAUUAUUUGUCUGUAUUUCUGGAGUGGCAGACCAGCUCCAAACUAAUUUUGCAAGUGACCUGCGCAGCAUUCUGAAGAGUGUCUUUAAAAUUGUGACCUCCCAAGUGGAAGAAUUGGAGGUGACAGACACUGGACGUGCCACAACUGACAAGCCUCAACUCUAUUAACUGCACAUAUUGGUUUACAUUUGGAUCAAGUUCACAUUACUCCAGAGGUAGCAUGAUUCUAUUUCUCCCAAACCAGUUUGAAUUGAACCCUAAGAGAAUUCAAAGUAUAACCUGUUAGGACAAUCAUGUUCCUUCAUCAAAAUGAAUGCAUGUACAGUAGUAGUUGCAUUUUAGAGGAAAACAGACUGAAAGCUUACAAAUUUUACAUAGAUGAUGGAAAGCUAGAGCAAAUAGGAUUUGUGUACAUUGAUGGAAUGUAUCCUAAGGAUGAGAAAAUGGGUGGAGAACUGCUGUGGAAAUAGCAGGAGGAAGGCUGUGGCCAGUAUAUGAUCCAUUGUGAAUGGAUGUUUGUUGAAAGAAGAAAAAAAAACCUGAAGAAAAACAUGCUUCUAUCACUUUGUUAUAUGGAGGAAAGAGCUAGGAAUAUUAAGAAAAAAUGAAUGCUGUAAAAAUGGGGUAUAAGUACUCCUCAUUUAACAACUCUAAUCAGGACCAAAAUUUCCAUUAGUAAGCAAAGCAGUUGUUAGGCGAAGCAUAAUGUGACUGCAUCAUGCAGUGACAGCAGUUCCAAGAGUCCUGGUUGUGGUUGUUAGAUGAGGACCGACAGGCAAGGACUUCAUGUUUCUCCUGCCCUGCAUGCUCACUUCAACUUCAGCUUCCCCUCUCCAUUUAUCUCACUCCCAUCUAUUCCCUUUUGGCUCCUUUGCACUCCUCCACCACCACCACUUACCCCUGCUGGUCAUUAUUGUCUUCCUUAGCUGCUGACAAGAUGUGCCCAAGAGCCUUCACAAGGCCACAUGAGUUAAGCACACACUGUGCUCAUAAAUGCAGGCAGACUGCCAAGUGCCCAAAUUUUGUCUAUGUGACUGAGGAUGAUACCAUGUUCGUAACUUCAAGGACAGUCAUACAGUAACUACCAUUUGUUCAGUGUUGUUGUAUCUUCAAGUGGUUGCUGAAUGAAUGGUCAUUAAGUGAGUGACUGGCUGAAUUUAAGGGUGCAUAGUAAAACCACAGGGCAAAAAAAACUAAACAAAUGAUGAAUGAAUGUGGAUUGUAUACAAUCAUGAACCACCAGUGAAAGGAAGUAUAUUGAGUUGGUUUGGUCACAUAGAAUGAAUGAAGAUCAGGUUGCAAAACAAAUAUAUGAAGAGGAAAAUGAAUAGGUUGAGAGGAAGGGGAAGGCCAAGAGAGUCAUAGUCAGAUGGGGUUCAUGAGAAAACAGUUGAGAAAAACAAAAAGCAAUUAUGAAAAGGUGUAUGAAUGUCACAGAAUUGAGGUGGUUUGAAAGGAUAACAGGAUAUGGAAAGAUAUAGUGAAUAGUAUACAUAAAAUAGUUAUGUUUUCUUUUUCAUUUCUUGCCUUUAAUUUAUUCGGUUUGCUAUUUCUUACGUCUUUUCCUCACUCUGCAUUUUAAAAAAAUUACUGUACGUAAACAUAUACAUACCAUUCGAAGGGCGUUCAUCCCAAAGUGUCUAGCUAAAUGUCUAUGGAGAUUCUCAGUCAUCUAAGACAAGAAAGUCCAGUUGCCUCUUGAAAAAACACCUUUGGGACAGUUCUGGGAAUGGCUAUUAAUGUUUUAUUUGCUCAAUAUUUGGAACAGAAAUGUUUCCGUUAAGUGGCAGCAGCCCCUGUAGGCUAAUAUCUUUCCCCUUUUCAGAGUUGGAUCUCCGUGUGGCACCAACAGCGCCUUUCUUAACAGACUGUGCUCUCUGCUCCAGCAGCAGAGAAGGUGUG